CAUGCGGUUUCCGGGUUGGUCAGCUGAUCGCUUUGAUAGCUGCUCAGCUGGGCUCAGCGUCACAGCCUUGUCACUCCAUUAGGAUGUGUGUUGGUUGUUUUCUCUUGACAUUAUUUUCCUCCUCAGUCUGAGAACCGAGCGGCUCAUGUUUUCUCCCGGUGUUUGUCUCGGUUUAUUCGGUUAGCCGCCUGCAAGUAUCGCUUGGAGCCUCCUGCUAGCUUAGCAGCUAAAUCAGCCAGCAGUGGAGAGAAGAAGGUGAGAGUUGCAGCUACCAAACAUGGCGGGCGGUAUCACUGACACCGGAGAGCCCUACUCUGCUUUUGUGGGGCUGGUGUACAUGUUCAAUCUGAUAGUGGGAACAGGAGCCCUGACCAUGCCCAGAGCCUUCGCCGAAGCCGGUUGGGUGGUCAGCCUGUCGCUCAUUGCCUUUUUAGCAUUCAUGAGCUAUAUGACCACCACGUUUGUGAUCGAGGCGAUGGCGGCGGCCAACGCUCAGCUGCGCUGGAAGAGAAGAGAGCAGGAAGAGACGGACGACAGCGACUCCACCUCCGACUAUUCGGAUGACGAUUCGGGGCGAGGUCGAAUGGAACCAGAAACGAAGCCCAUCCUCUCUGUCCAGAGAUCGGGUCACGUCGAUCACUUUGACAUUGUGGAGCGGGUGGAGAUGGGUCAGAUGGCCUCCAUGUUCUUCAACAAAGUCGGAGUCAACAUGUUCUACAUCUGCAUCAUCGUCUAUCUGUACGGAGACCUGGCCAUCUACGCCGCCGCCGUGCCCAUAUCGCUCAUGGAGGUCGCCUGUGGGAACCACUCCUGCAGCGCCGGGAGUGUGAAGUACAACGACACAGACCCCUGCUGGGGCUCCGUCACCAGGAAAGAUGCAUACAGGGUGUUUCUGAGCUUGUUCACCCUUCUGUUGGGGCCUUUCACCUUCUUCAACGCCCAGAAGACCAAAUACCUUCAGAUUCUCACCUCAGUCAUGCGUUGGAUCGCUUUCACCAUGAUGAUCAUCUUGGCUCUGAUCCGAAUCGGGAAAGGCGCCGGAGAGGGCCGCCCUCCUGUCGCCAACCUCUCCGGCGUGCCCAACCUGUUCGGGGUGUGCGUCUACUCCUUCAUGUGCCAGCACUCCCUGCCGUCGCUUGUGACGCCCAUCUCGGAUAAGAAGCGAGUCGGUACCCUGGUUCUGGCGGACUACGUCCUGAUCCUGGGCUUCUACGUCCUGCUGUCGUUCACCGCCAUCUUCUGCUUCGACAGCUCGCUGCUGCACGACAUGUACACCCUGAACUUCACCGACAACUGCAACGUCUUGGACAUCCCCGUGCUGCGCUACUUCCUGGGCCUGUUCCCGGUUUUCACCAUCAGCACCAACUUCCCCAUCAUCGCCGUGACGCUCCGAAACAAUUGGAAGACGCUCUUCCACCGGGACGGGGGCACCUACCCGUGGGUGGUGGACCGGAUCGUGUUCCCCCUCAUCACUCUGGUGCCGCCCGUCAUUGUGGCUUUCUGCACGCACAACCUGGAGUCCCUGGUGGGCAUCACGGGGUCGUACGCGGGGACAGGGAUCCAGUACAUCAUCCCGGCGUUCCUGGUGUUUUACGCCAGACGCCACCUGGAGCCGGUGAUGGGCAGAGACGCCGUCAACAAGCACCGCUCUCCUUUCCGCCACGCCUUCUGGGUGUGGUUUGUGGUGGCGUGGGCGGCCUCCUGCCUCAUGUUUGUCACCGCAAACAUUAUCCUGACCGACACGAAGAAAUGAGGACGGCUUUCAUGAAACCCUGCGACUGUUCGGCCAGUUCCUCUGUUUUCUCGAGGCCUUAUUGCUGCUGGAUGGGACCGUGUGCCUUUAAAAUAAAAAUAAAAAACAGACUUUAGUUGCUUAAAUUAAGUUUGAUAUUAAUUUAUCAGAUUUUUAAAAAGGGACAAAAUGUUUUUUGUU